UUCCACCCAGUCCAAGCACUCUGAGACGUUAGCUGAGCUUCCUAUUCAUAUUUCUCGCUUGCAUGUAUUCAAGCGGUUGAGCCCGACGAGUCCGCACUGUUCUGAUGGCGUCAAGCAAGUCGAUCCGAAUUUGGUGGGCCGCCGUGUCCCAGCCUGAGCGCUUCCACACAACUUAAGACACGCUUUCCGCCUCGCUGCACUUUCCUCUCGUUCCACAAUGUCGCAAUCUCCCUCAAAGCCACUCGAUAUCGUCAGCUCACGUUUUCCGAACCGAGAGUCUCGAGGAACACCAACGGAUGCUCCUAUAGGAUCGGCUUCGCCUAAUCCGCGCCUUCUCCGAGCUCAAUAUACUGGCACACCACCGCUGCCUAACAUUCCCCGCCGCGGGACUCCCAUAGGCACUCCAAGUAUUGCGGAAGACUCGCCGAGACUGCUUCCUGGCUCUUUAACGGUGCCAGAACAACGGCCCUCUAGCGUUUCCAUAGGCGGUAUCUCUGCACGCCGACCUUCAGACGUACUGGACAUUCCCAGCAGCGGACAGGAAGGGAAUGCCUUAAAUGAGCUGACAGACGAAGAGAAGGCUAGGAUAUUGAGGAGGCACCUCGUCUCGAGGCAAGAGCGUGAGGGACAGGCUGGCUCGUCCCGUGCGUCUGUGAACGGAGGCUCCGAUAACGGCACGGUCUCGAAGCGAUCGUCCGUUGCGCACCUCCGCAUCCAGCGGGAUGAAUCCGAGCCAUUUCCUGUGCCAUACAAUGCUCAUGGCGCAGACGUGACUCACAGCAUAUACAAGUGGCAAGCCGAUAAACGGCGACAGGCUGCACGUCCACGAGCAGCAUCGUUCUCCGGCUCGACUACGUCUGCUCCGGGCCCCGCGUUCCAGCAUAUCCACGAGCCAGGCGGGUUCCGCAGGAAUUAUCUCCUCCUCCAACAUGAACACGGCCAAUUACCUCACGCUGUGCCUCGCAACUUCAUCGAGUUCCUGUACCUCUUCGGGCACUUUGCCGGAGAAGACCUUGAGGAGACCGAGGAGGAAGACGAGUAUCCUCGGUGGGAGGACGAGGAGUCGCGCGCGGCUACACCCUCGCCAGCUGAACAAGGGCCUGCAGAGACUGCUCCAUUGUCAAUAGGUCUGCCACCUGAGACGGUGUCUCAUUUAUACAAGGCAAAUGAGCGCUCGCCGUUACUUGGACGUGACGCCUCGAGAUCUAGGUCGAGGAGGCGGAGAGGAGCAAGUGCUCAUGCUCAUGGUGAUGCCAGUGUCACCGACGCUGUGCUGAUGCUACUGAAAUCCUUCGUCGGUACGGGAAUCUUGUUCUUGGGCAAAGCUUUCUUCAAUGGCGGAAUCUUGUUUUCAAGCCUCAUCCUUACGUUCAUUGCUCUGAUUUCACUAUAUUCGUUCUUGUUACUCGUCAAGGCCAAGUUCGUCGUGUCCGGCAGUUUCGGUGACAUCGGUGGCGCACUGUACGGCCCGUGGAUGCGGUACGCGAUCCUCAGUUCCAUCGUAAUCUCGCAACUCGGGUUUGUUUCGGCGUACAUCAUCUUCGUCUCCGAAAACCUCCAGGCGUUCGUGCUCGCGGUCACGAACUGUGCGAAGCUGCUUGGGAUCCAGUAUUUUAUCCUCCUGCAGAUGGUCAUAUUUCUCCCGCUUGCGCUGAUUCGGAACUUGGCGAAGCUGAGCACGACAGCGCUCAUCGCGGAUGCGUUCAUCCUCGCAGGGUUGAUAUACAUCUUUGGCAGUGAGGCUGCCAUCAUGUCCAAGCAGGGACAUGCAGAUGUCCAGUUUUUCAACCCGCGGGAUUGGCCGCUGUUGAUUGGAACGGCCGUCUUCUCCUUCGAGGGAAUCGGGCUGGUCAUCCCGAUCACAGAUGCUAUGAAGGAGCCACGCAAGUUCCCUAAAGUCCUCACCGGGGUGAUGUUAUUUUUGAUGGUCUUGUUCUGUGGGGGAGGAGUCAUGUCGUACCUGACCUUUGGCGCGGAUGUCCAGACUGUCGUCAUCGUAAACCUUGACACGACGAGCAAGUUCACGCAGGUCGUUCAGCUCCUCUACUCGCUGGCCAUUCUGCUUUCUGUGCCACUGCAGCUCUUCCCUGCUGUACGAAUAAUGGAGAACGGGCUGUUUGAACGAAGCGGGAAGGCGAACGCGCGUGUCAAGUGGUUGAAGAACUGCUUCCGCUUUUUGGUCAUCACUUUCUGCGCAGGACUGAGUUACGUUGGCGCAAGUGAUUUGGACAAGUUUGUAUCGUUUGUGGGCAGUUUUGCAUGUGUCCCGUUGUGCUACGUCUAUCCGGCGAUGCUGCAUUACAAAGCCUGUGCGCGUACCCGCAAGCAGAAGAUCGCCGACAUCGCUCUCAUGGUAUUCGGCAUGGCUGCUGCGAUUUACACCACAGCGCAGACAGUUCACCUCAUGGUUGCGACCUCACCUGCGGCAGCGCCGAAGCUCGGACGCUGCGAGACCCCUCAAGACUAAUUCACCGUGCCUUGAAGGCUCGUUUCCCUGUUCGGACCAUAUGCAUCUUUCCUCAUACACUCGCAUAUACUGGGAUGGCAUAGAUUUACAUUGUUUGUGCAAGGUUAUUGUAAGCAGUCGCAUCUAGUGGUGGGAGGUAUCUCAGCAUAUGUAUUGUACCUUACAUGUUGUGCAUUUGAAUCAAUCAUACUUUCUCCU